AAACAGAGAGGACUCAGCUCUGCAGAGAAGGGAUCAAAUCUGCCAGAGGCGUGCCUGCCUUUCUUUCCUGUCCAGCUGAAAUCAUUCGAACACUGGUUUUCCACUACUGGCAAGAAAACACGGUCCACCCCAUAGCAAGAACAACAAUGGACCAACAGGAAUGCAGUCACUUUGGACCAUGUAUGAAGAACCAACGUACCAGAGGAUCAGAGCUGAGAAUCAUUCUGGUGGGCAAAACAGGAACCGGCAAAAGUGCUACAGGGAACAGCAUCCUCAGGACGCAAGCAUUUGAGUCACGGCUGGGUGCCCAGCCCAUCACUAAGACUUGCAGUGAACAUCAGGGAAGCUGGGAAGGGAGGGAGAUGGUCAUUAUUGACACACCAGAUAUGUUUUCUGGGGAGGACCACUCCGAUUUCCUGUACAAAGAGGUGCGGAGAUGCUACUUACUCUCUGCACCAGGACCCCAUGUGCUGCUCCUGGUGACUCAGCUGGGCCGAUUCACUGCCCAGGACCAGCAGGCUGUGCAGAGGGUGAAGGAGAUCUUUGGAGAAGAUGCCAUGAGACACACAAUUGUCCUCUUCACCCACAAGGAAGACCUGGAGGGAGAAUCCGUGGUGGAUUACAUCCAUGACACAGAUAACAAAGCCCUGUGCAAGCUGGUGGCAGCAUGUGGGGGCAGAGUGUGUGCCUUUAACAACCGUGCUACAGGGAGUGAUCGGGAUGACCAAGUGAGGGAGCUAAUGGACCUGAUUGAGGACCUGGUGUUGGAGAAAAGGGGUGACCAUUACACCAAUGGGCUCUACAGCCUAGUAACAAUGUCAGAAUGUGGACCUGUGUGGUCAGAGGAGAGGUUCAAAGAUUUCAAAAGAGAUCUUGUAAAGUACAUGGAAAUCCAGAGACGUUACUCAACCAAAGCAAAAGGCCUGAAACAAGUUCUAAUCAAAACACUCAUCUUUAUUUUAUUUUGUAUCUCUUUGUUCGCCCAAUUCCUAAUUCUGUUAUUGUAUCCAUUGUACAGAAUGUGCAACUUGUCUUACCACUUUCUCGUUGGAAUGUGCAGUUUGUUCUGUAGAUUGCUGUUCAUUAUAGCCGAAAUAUUGGUGAUAAUUUUGAGAAAGAUCACUGGGCUGGAAUGCAUGACCCCUAGAGUAUAGUUACUGUUCAGCAAUUAUUUACUUACUGCCAUAUGCAGGGUGAAUCCAAGUGCCUCCUCUGUAAAAUGCAGUGCCUGACAUCAGUAAAUGUUUGAGAUUCUGUGAAGUGUUUAAAUCUUAACAUCACUUGGGACACCUGGAUGGCUCAGUCGAUUAAGUGUCC